AUGGGUAAAUUUAUAACGCCACAAAAAUACUUUUAUUUACCCAAGAAUGUUAAGUAUUACUUGGAGAUUGAGAACGACAGGGUGGAUAAACAAAUCAACAAACUUGAAGAUGACUUGGAGAAACUAAAAAGAGGUGUACUUAAUGUUUCUAAAGCCGCAAGUUGCCAAGUAGGGGGCGAAAUUGAAGAUGUUGAAAAAGAACCACCGGAUGAAUCACUUGAUAAUUCAUGUCUUCUUGCGGUUGACUUUGCUGCAAAUGUAGUCGCUAAAGGAACCAUAAUGAAGUAUAGUGCAUCGGGAGAAACUUUAAUACCCAUUCCACUUGAAGAGGAGUUCAUUGUGAAGGUCAAAGAUGCACUUGGAAACAUACUAAGUUGGCCAAGACACUUAGUUAUUCGAUGCUUCGACCCGGGAAAAGUGGUGGCGAAACCUGUGAAAAAACUUGCAACACCAGUGAAGAAAGAUGCAACACCAGUGAAGAAAGAUGCAACGCCUUUAAAAGAAGAAAUAUGA